AUGGCCCCAAUACCAAAAGACAAAUAUUCCGUCAUUCUCCCCACAUAUAAUGAGCGCAAGAACCUCCCCGUCAUAACCUGGCUCUUGGAAAAGACAUUUACAGAACACAAGCUCGACUGGGAACUCAUUAUUGUUGACGAUGGCUCCCCCGACGGAACCCAGGAAGUCGCGAAACAACUUAUCACUGCUUACGGCCCCAACCGCAUCGUCCUCAAACCGCGCGCCGGAAAGCUCGGUCUCGGAACCGCGUAUGUUCACGGGCUUCAGUUUGUGACUGGGAAUUUUGUUAUCAUCAUGGACGCCGAUUUCUCCCACCAUCCGAAGUUCAUCGCAGAAUUCAUUGCGAAGCAAAAAACAAAGAAUUAUGACAUCGUGACCGGGACGCGCUACGCGGGUGAUGGUGGCGUCUACGGUUGGGACUUCAAGCGCAAGCUGGUUUCGCGGGGUGCGAACCUGUUGGCGUCUGUAGUACUACGACCCAAUGUCAGCGAUCUUACUGGAAGCUUCAGAUUGUAUAAGAAGCAUGUUCUGGAGAAGGUCAUCCAAACCACGGAGAGUAAGGGAUACACGUUUCAAAUGGAAAUGAUGGUUCGUGCGAGAGCGCUUGGGUACUCGGUUGCGGAGGUACCGAUUAGCUUCGUAGAUCGUAUUUACGGAGAUAGUAAGUUGGGCGGUGAUGAGAUUGUUGAAUAUGCGAAAGGUGUAUUCAACCUAUGGCUUAAGGUAUAA